AUGUCGUACAAGCGGAUUCGAGAAAAAGGAAUGAAUGAAGUUGUCUUUGCGACAUAUCUUCAUUCACAUGGGAAGAUUAAGGUCUUGGACAGUACCUUCAAGAGAUCGACCCUCAACAUCAUCCAAUACUAUGGCAACUCAAAGGGAUUAUUGUAUUCUGCCAAGUCCACUUUUUCCGGACAAUUACUGAAGCUGUUGGGAGUGUUGCUCGAGGUACAGGAGUUUGGAGCCGUAUGGCUAAUUUAA